CGUAGGUGUUCGUCCAGCUGCGACACGACACGGGAGACGGGAGCGAAGGGUAGAGAUGGGCAGCUCGGCGAAGGCGGCGGCCGGCGCGAUGGGUGCCAAGGCGGCGCGGGCAUGCGACGGGUGCCUGCGCCGGCGGGCGAGGUGGUACUGCGCGGCGGACGACGCGUUCCUGUGCCAGUGGUGCGACACGUCGGUGCACUCCGCGAACCCGCUCGCGCGGCGGCACGAGCGGCUGCGGCUGCGGCCGUCGUCGCCGCAGAUGGCGCCGCCGUCGGGCGGGAGGCGCGGUGAGGUCGUGGCGCCGGCGUGGUUCAAGCGCAAGGCGCGGACCCCGCGGUCGCACGGGAAGAGCGUCGGACAGGUGCUGUCGACGCGGCGGCUCGUCGUGCCGGAGGUGGCGGUGGGGGUGGGGGUGGACUCGCCGGAGGAGCGGAAGGACGAGGGGGAGAUCGUGGAGGAGCAGCUGCUGUACCGCGUUCCCGUCUUUGACCCCGCCCUGGCGGAGUUCUGCUCGCCGCCUCCCCUGGAGGACGCCGCCGCCGCCGGGUCGUGCUGCAAUGAGGACGGCGCCGUCGAGAACCCGACGAAGAUGGCCGUGACGACGACGACGACGACAACACCACCACCUCCACUGCAAUUCUUCCCCGACAGCCACGCCAAUUUCGGCCCAACUGACGCAGAGCUGAGGGAGUUCGCCGCCGACAUGGAAGCCCUCCUCGGUCGUGGCCUGGACGACGGCAACGACGAGGACUCGUUCUGCAUGGAGACGCUGGGGCUCAUCGAGCCGGUGGAGGACGACGGCGGGCGGGUCAAGGUGGAGGCCGACGGCGACGCCGGGCUGACGCUACCGUGGUGCAACGACCUGGAUCCGGAGACGUCGUCCGGCGAGAUGCUGGACAUCGACUUCGACUGCGGCUCACCUCAAGCGGCGACGCCCGACGAGAAGGUCGCGAGCAGCGGCGCCGCCGACGCCCUGCAGAGCAGCCUCGCGCUCAGCCUCAACUACGAGGCCAUCAUCGAGAGCUGGGGGAGCUCACCGUGGACCGACGGCGAGCGGCCGCACGUCAAGCUCAACGACUCCUGGCCCCACGACUACUCGGGUGUGUGGAUGGCGGCGGCAGGAGUGUUCGGCCAUGGCGAGGAGCAGCAGGCCCUGACGCCGAGGCUGCAGGGGAUGGACGGCGGCAGGGAGGCGCGGGUGUCGCGCUACCGGGAGAAGCGGCGGACGCGGCUCUUCUCCAAGAAGAUCCGGUACGAGGUGCGCAAGCUCAACGCCGAGAAGCGGCCGCGGAUGAAGGGCCGCUUCGUCAAGCGUGCCACCGCCGCCAUCGCCACCGCGUUAGUCGCGUAGCAUCGCCGGCCGGCGCGCGCUCGCCCAUGAAAUCACAAGAACAAACAACUCGUCGAAACUGCAUUAGCUUAGUUGGGUUUUUCUCUCUCACGAUCAUCACGCUAUUUUCUUCUUUUUCCCAUCAGUUCGCCAUUGAUGGUUGAUCAGGUCUCGGUUUGAGGAAGGCGAUGAAUGAAUAAUAAUUAAUAAUAAUAAUAAUAAUACUGCUACUAAUAAGUGAAAUUGUACAAUGUUUGUUGAGAUUGAGGUAUGCAAUGCCUCUGUGCUCAGUUGCUCAAACUCACACAGUUCUGAAAUUUUUUUCCUCCCUUCAGAUGGAUGGUUGUCAGUAGCUGUAGCUGUACUGUUGGUUAGCAUGCACAUGUCCAUUGGUUAGUAGCAUGCAGGUACAGUUCAAGGCCAGGGGAUAUAUACAUGUAAAUCAAUCAAAAGUAUCAAUCAAUCAAUAUACUAUACAACAAAUUGAUUCAGUGAGUGUUUGUUGAGUUGAAUAGAAGUUCUUUGACUUUCUCCCUACUUUAAAUUUUGAAAGGGGGAAUUUGAUGAAGUUA